GAGCAUCGAGGACACUGGCCUUGAAGAUGUUAGAAUAACUUAGUGAUCCCUGCUCUUUAGAUCAGAAAUAUUUCCCCUACACAUAUUAAACUGGGUUUUAGGCCUCAAUUCAAGCUACAGGCCUGAAGACCAAACACGAUGGCAGAACCAGAACCCAGGAAGUUUUUGCUGCACCGCUGCUGUAAGUUCCACUGGAAAGGAAAGGCCAACAUUAUAAUACCCCUUAUCACAUUGCCGCUUCUCGUGAUGGGUUUCAAAUACAACAUGGCGGAGUACAAGUGUAUGUACCUCAUCGUUACCAUGGCUCUCCUGUGGAUUACCGAAACCCUACCAAUCUACGUUACUGCAUUUUUUCCCAUUGUCUUCUGCCCAAUGCUUGGUCUUGUGAGUAUAGACGUAGUAUGUCAACUGUACUUCUCCAACACAGUUGUCAUGUUUCUGGGCGGUCUUAUUGUGGCCUUGGGCAUUGAGUAUUGCAAUCUGCACACUAGAAUCGCCCUGAGUGUCAUCCAGAUCGUCGGUGGAAGUCCAAGGCGGUUAUUUGUGGGACUGAUGAGUGUUAGCGUUUUCAUGGGAUUGUGGAUAUCGAACUCGGCCGGAACAGCCAUGAUGUGUCCCAUUGUCAAAGCGGUUGUCAAUGAAAUGGACGCCAACAAUAUAUACCCGGUAUAUAUGACACAAGAAGAGGAGCCAGUAGGGGAAGGCGAACCACCACAUCCGUCCAUGAUUACCAUGGCCUUAUAUAUUGGCGUGGCCUACGCCUCCACAAUUGGCGGACUGGGAACUCUGAUUGGAACCGGCACGAAUCUGGUCUUUAAGGGCAUCUACUCUCAGCGAUUUCCCACUUCCGAAGAGGACGUCACAUUUGCCAACUUCAUGAUGUACUCCAUCCCCAUUAUGGUGUUAUGCAACAUAGCGCUGGUGAUCAUCGUUAUAAUGACAACUCACAUGGGCUUGUUUCGACCCAAAAGCAAGACGGGCUUGAUCAUAAAAGAGGCUACCGCGAACCGAAAGUUAUUGGAGGAUGUUUUAAGAGAGCGUUACAAAAGCUUGGGCCCAAUGAGCUGCCACGAGAUCCAAAUGUCCAUCUUGUUUGCUAUCAUGAUCAUAGUCCUUUUUAGUCGCAAGCCAGGAUUCCUUCCAGGAUGGAGUGAAUUUUUCAGUGCCAAGCCAUUGGGUAGUUCAACUGGAGUGUUUGUUAUCGUUCUUCUCUUAUUUGCUCUGCCAACCCAAUAUGUGUUCUUUAGAUACUGUUGUGGCAAACCUCCUUUUCCCGGCCAGGCCCUAGAUGCGAUGCUAUCCUGGCACUAUGUGCAUGACCAAAUACCCUGGGGUCUACUGUUUCUGCUUGGUGGCGGAUUCGCCUUGGCCGAGGCCAGCAAAAAUAGUGGUGUUAACGUAAUGAUAGCCAGGGCCAUGCAAGUCCUUAUCGGAAUGCCAUCAAUUCCGGUGCAGCUAAUCACGAUCAUACUAAGCAUGUUUUUCUCCACCUUUAACUCAAGCGUGGUCAUUGCAAACAUUGUUAUACCGAUUUUAUGCGAAAUGGCCCUCGUUCUGGAAAUGCAUCCCUUGGUUUUGACUCUGCCAUCUUGUUUGAGCAUCAGUAUGUGCUACUUUCUACCAGUGAGCACGCCCCCAAAUGCAAUUGUUUGCAAUUAUGCCAACAUCAAGACCAAAUACUUUGCCUGUUGCGGAAUACUGCCCACUAUUAUUGGAUAUUGGCUGGUUAUUUUGAACACGAACACUUGGGGAAUGAUUAUCUUUCCGGAAGCCAAAAGUUUUCCAGACUGGGCCCAGGAAAUUAAGAACCAGAGCAAAAUCUGAUGAAGAAUAUUUUAU